AUGGUAUCUUUUGAUGUCACGUCCCUCUUUACUUCUAUCCCACAGGAUCUGGCAAUCGAGACCGUCCAGCUACUCCUACAAAACAAAUACGAUGAAAGGGAGAAUCGUCUCGGACAUGCCCAAGUCCUUCAGCUCCUAAAGUUCUGUCUCAGGACGUACUUCACGUUUGACGGAACAAUCUACGAGCAAGUGAAGGGAACACCUAUGGGCUCGCUGAUUUCGGGAACCAUCGCCGAGGCGGUGCUACAGCGGUUGGAGUCGCUGGUCUUCCAACACCACAGACCGAAAUUCUGGGCUCGGUAUGUGGACGAUACCUUCGUCGUCAUCGAAAGGGAUCAGGUGCUAACGUUCAAAGAACGUCUCAACAGCGUCUUCCCGGACAUACAAUUCACGAUGGAGGAGGAAGAGAAUAACCAGCUGGCAUUCCUUGAUGUCCUCGUCUGUCGCAAAGAUUGUGGUGGCCUAAAGAACAAAGUAUUCAGAAAAGCAACGAACACGACGCGAAUUCUGAACUUCAACAGUAACCACCCAAUCUGCCACAAACGCAGUUGCAUAAGAACGCUAUUUCGGCGUGUUGAGACGCACUGCAGUGAACCGGAAGACAAGGUUGCCGAAUCCCAAUAUCUUCGACGGGUUUUCCGAGAAAACGGUGACCCGCGCAACUUCGUCAACCAGUGUCUGCGCCGACCCCAAAUUCUGGCGAGCGAUCCCGUACAUCAAGAACGUCUCCGAGGCCGUUAG